ACUCUCCACAUCGCACACGACACUUCACUAGUUCUUCAAACACGGAAUGUCGAAAGUCUAAGGCAAAGAUUACGACCAAGACAGAGCUAAAGUGUUCGAGAAAUGUCAGUCGAAAUACAGCCACCCUCAGAGCUAGCAUCAUCGACACGCAACGCCCAGGCUGCCAGCACCGCGCACAGCUGCCCGUCAUGUGGCACACUUGUCGCACUUGACUUUGAGGGCACAGGAAACGCUGCGAGGCUUAUCAGAGAACUGCAAGCGCAAAUGGAGGUGCUAAGGGAGAAAGCGACAGCUGCCGUGAACAAGUGUACCGACUACGAAGACCAGAUUCGCACACUGAAGAUCGCGCCGUCCAGCAACAGCCAGCCAGUACGCAGCAACACCUCGGACUCAGUUAAUUAUUCCUCCCCAGACAACCGCCCACCGACGACAACGCCCACUCACGCCAGGUCACAGUCCCGGUUCUCCUUCCUCACUGGGAGACUGACGUCGCCCGUGAACUCGACUACCGCGCCGCCUGUAGACUCGACGACCGUGCGGCCUGUGCCUGCUGGAGCAGAUCCCGAUCCCGAUCUUUUGCAUGAGCUCGAGCGCGAGCGUGCACUACGAGCGAAGGCGGAAGACAGAGUGCGCACAGUAGAUUCGGAGAUUGAAGAGCUGAGUGUGACCCUUUUCUCGCAAGCAAACGAGAUGGUGGCAGAGGAGCGACGAGCACGAGCGAAGCUGGAACAGCGGAUAGAGCUCCUUGAAAAGAAGGACAGGGAUAAGAUGGGACGGCUGGACCGUUUGGAGAAGGCCGUCAGCAGGCUCGACCGUGUCAAAGCCAUGCUGGGCAAGGAUGACACAAUGAGCACUGCGAGCAAAGCUCUCCCUGCACCACCAAGGGACUAACUGCUGAGCAGUUGUUCGUUUGCGGCAUGUUUUUGUCUGAUUCCACAGGACCACUACAAUUCCUCGCGACUUUACUUUGAGAUACCCCGCACGUUUAUUGGAUUUGAGCGUUGAGCAUAGAGCAGGCGCAUUGACGUUGUAAGUAUUAGCACAUUAUUUGAAAAGCAGACAGUCAUGUAGACAGACGUGUGACAUACGAUGCAUACCAUCGCUCGGUCCCGGUGACGUAUCCGAUAAGCAGGACUACCGGUCGACAAACCAAAUGUUGGACUGGAAUGCAGCAAACACCGCGAUUAUCUAGUAACAUAGCGCCAGAGUAUACCGCUCCAUCCCUCCCCGGGAGAGCACAAUCCAGCUUUAUCCACCGAUCUUCCCAUACGUGGUGUGAGCCCUGUUGGGGGCCUGCACACCAUCACUUCUUUCUGCGCUCGUAACUUCGUGUACC